UUUUUUCUCUCUGCCAAUGGAUUAUAUGUGUACAAAAGUCGCACAUGUAUACAAAAUAAUUUUUGAAAUGAAAUCGAAGUUUGUACUUAAUGAGAGAGAAUGAGAAGCAGAAGAGAGGUAAAAGAGUGUGAUACUGCAAAUGAAUUAUCAAAGAAGAAAACAGAAAGAUCUCAUUUAUAUUUCUGCUUAUCUUUCUAAGGCAAUCAUAGACGGUGUUGAAGCUGUUAAAUUUUAAUAGAGUCUGUAUCUCAUAAUAUCACAUCCAUAAAGAAGAAAAAGAAUUUAUAUACUUUGGGAUACAAUGGUUAUCUGCAAAUAUUAUCGACAAGGCAUUUGCCGUUACGGGCAAUAUUGUCAAUUUGAACAUAUAAAUAAUUUUGGCAACACCAAAGCUGAGCAUAAUGAGGAUGACAUUGCUGUCACGGUAGCCAAGGAAGUGCUUCUUGCGGAGAGAGGUGGGCAAUGGCUAUUAUCAUGUUUUGGACCAUUCAGAGAUCGUCCUAUCAUCCCAGGCAUGCAAGAUUUAUCUCCCGAAGAGGUUCGAUAUGAGAUGUAUGAGGCACAGAAAAAUGGUUUAGUUGAACAAGCAAAAUUACAUUUUCAACAAUUGUGCCAAGAUAUGAAGGCGAAAAGAGAAGCGUUAAAAAACCCCACUCGAGAGACAAUCACAAUGUUGAAAAGGAUUUUGGGAAGCAGCCAAAAAGGUAAGUUGAACAUAAGUAGUAACACAGCUGAAAAAUCAUUUAUUUUCUCCUUUACAGCUCCUCAUUUGGGCCUAGUCAAUAGCGCAUCGACUAAUAAUGUGUUUGGAAAUAAAACAUUUGGUGUUCAAAAUAAUAAUCCAUUUGGUGGAGGAGGGUUUACUUCUUCGAGUAACACAUCGUCAAUAUUCGGAAAGAGUAAUAAUAAUUCAACAGUGUUUGGUAGUACGGCGCCCUUUGGAAACAAUCUCGGUGGAUUCACUACCGCGACAAAUACCAAUUCCUUCUUUGGUGGAACAGCCAAUACCUCGACAUCGUUUAACAAUGUACAAAACAACACUCCCCCGUUUGGAACACCUCAGAAUAAUUCAAUCUUUGGCACAUCGACACCUCAAACCGUAUUUGGCCAAAAUAAUAAUGUAUUCGGCUCCACGAAUCAGCUCGGCAAUGCAUCUUCCACUUCACUGUUCAACAAUCCGAUGACUUCGCAAGCAAACACUUCUUUAUUUGGUGGAGCGACAACCACUACGGCUAACUUAUUUGGCACCUCAUCAUCUGGCUUACAGACAAACUCGGUAUUCGGUGCUUCUACUACCUCAUCUGGUUCAUCUUUCAGCGGUGGUUUAUUCAAUCAAUCGAAAACGCAGAUGCCUGCGUUUGGCGGAGCGCCAGUUUUCGGUGGGGUAACUUCCAACUACGCCAACAAUUCUAGUGGUAAUUCCAUCUUUGGCGUUAAUCAAACAUUCGGUGCUACUACGAGCGGUAUUUUUGGUGGAUCCACAACCGCUACAGCACCAGCUUUCGGAGUAUCUACCACUACGACGACGUCGGUUUUCGGCACAUCUAUUGCUACCACAACGGCACCGGCUUUCGGUACAUCCGUUACUACAACGCCGGCUUUUGAUCUGAACCAACAGCACGGUAAUAAUACUUUUGGAACGACGGUAUCUGCCCCGAAUGUCUUUGGUAGUACACAAAAUACUGAUAGCACAAUGUCAGGCAACAGUAAUGCACCGUUUGGAACAUCGAUCACUGCUGGUCCAUUUGUCACCGUUAAUUCGCAGCAAUACGAUUCUGCGAACGCGAGCUCGACAUCGUUUACCGGCACGGGAUUUGGUAUUGCAGUCGCAAGUACAAAUAAUACGUUUGGCACCACAGAAACGUCUUCCAAUUCGAUAUUCGCAAACGCGGGAACUACCUUUGCAACCUCCAAUGCGACAAUUCCGAAUCCUGCGUUUCCUACGUCGACAUUUGGCAAUAUUAAUGUUUCCUCGUCGACUAGUAGCACAACUCUCACUACAACCACAAAUCCAUUUGCACCUCGAACGCAGCAAGGCACGCCGUUCGGAAGUGUCGCACAAGUUCAAUCUAACGCUAUUGAUCUCUCCUCUCCAUUCGGAAAAUCACCAUUUAACGCCACAACCAACACUGUCAUCGAUGAUACAGUUUACAGCGUGGAAGGUGUAUUAACGGAUGAUGAAAAGAGCAUGUAUUUGGCUGAGAAAUUUAUUAUCGGUAAAAUACCACUCAAACCUCCUACCAAAGAUAUAAGGUAAUUCCAUUCAGAGAUUUAUAUAACGAUACGUUUGUAAAGCAUGUGCUGUGAUAAGAACGCGUUUCUGUUGCUUGUAAAUAUCAAAAUCUUUUCAUGACUCAAUGUACAUAAAAUCAGAUUUUUAAUAUAAAUUAUGAUAAUUAAAAACUUUUACUACUAGCUAGCUACAACUAGCUUAACUUUAAUUUGACAGUUUGAAAUGUACAAUUCAAAGAAUAAUUUGAAAAAUUAAUGCGGU